GAAUUGCAAAAAAUUCUGGUUUGGAGGGCCACGCCCACCGCCUACCAUAUGUGGGUUUUGGGGGAGAAGGUGCAUGUGACGAUUACUUUGUUUUAAAUUCCCCAAAGUGAUUUGACAGACUUUCCACAAGGAGACGAAGAACAACACCUCCAACCUUCUCGAUUGACCUCUGUUUUUCUCCUCAGGAUUCACACCCCAUACUAAACGUCCUGUUUGUGAUCCUUCCUAAUGAAAUGAUUUAUAUUCAUGCAAUCAAAGUGUAUGUAAUGCCAAUAGUUGAAUCAAAUCAUUAGCACUGAUUUUGGUUUUCUUCAAAGAUGGAGCUAAUUUUAAUACUUUUACUACUUGGAACUUUGCAUUUAGUAGCACCCGAUGCUCAAGGAGAUGCACUUUUUGAAUUGAGAACUUCACUUAAGGCUUCACCAGAUCAACUCACUGAUUGGAAUCAGAAUCAAGUUAACCCUUGCACUUGGUCUAAAGUUAGUUGUGAUUCAAAUAAUAAUGUUUUUUCUGUAUCUAUGUCUUUCAUGGGAUUUACAGGAACCUUGUCACCAAGAAUACAAGUUUUGUCAAGGCUUACAAUACUUUCUUUACAAGGGAAUCAAAUAACAGGGGGGAUACCUGAAGAAUAUGGAAACCUGAGUAGCCUCACAAUGUUGGAUCUUGAAAGCAAUCAAUUAAAUGGUCAAAUACCAUCUUCACUUGGAAAUCUAAAAAACCUUCAAUUUUUGAUCUUGAGCCAAAACAACCUUGAAGGACCUAUCCCUGAAUCACUUUCAAGUCUUCCAAAUUUGACUAGCAUUUUACUUGGUUCCAACAAUCUGAGUGGUGAAAUACCUGAUCAUUUAUUUCAGCUUUCUAAAUUCAAUUUUACAGGGAACAGGUUGAAUUGUGGUUUUAAUAACACCCACCCUUGUGCUUCUACUUCUGGAGAUUCUUCAAAGAAAUCAAAGGCAGGAAUUGUAAUUGGAGUUAUUGGUGGAGUUCUUUCCCUUCUUUUGGUUGGAUGUUUGGUGUUAUUUUUAUGGAGGGGUAGACACAAAGGCUACAAACGUGAGGUCUUUGUUGAUGUUGCAGGGGAGGUUGACCGAAGGAUUGCAUUUGGUCAACUGAAGCGAUUUGCAUGGAGGGAACUCCAACUUGCCACUGACAAUUUCAAUGAAAGAAACGUGCUUGGACAAGGAGGUUUUGGGAAGGUUUAUAAAGGAGUUCUUGGGGACAAUACAAAAGUUGCGGUCAAACGGUUGACCGAUUACGAGAGUCCAGGUGGCGAUGCGGCGUUUCAACGGGAGGUUGAGAUGAUAAGUGUGGCGGUUCACCGGAAUUUGUUGCGGCUCAUUGGGUUUUGCACCACCCCAACCGAGCGGCUGUUGGUGUAUCCCUAUAUGCAAAACCUAAGUGUUGCAUAUCGCCUAAGAGAAAUCAAACCUGGUGAAGCUGUAUUAGAUUGGAUGACAAGAAAAAGAAUAGCAUUAGGAACAGCUCGUGGACUUGAAUAUCUUCAUGAACACUGUAACCCUAAAAUAAUCCAUAGAGAUGUAAAAGCUGCUAAUGUAUUACUAGAUGAAGAUUUUGAAGCAGUUGUAGGUGAUUUUGGAUUGGCUAAAUUGGUUGAUAUUAGAAAAACAAAUGUGACUACUCAAGUGCGUGGGACCAUGGGACAUAUUGCCCCUGAGUAUCUUUCUACAGGGAAAUCUUCUGAAAGAACAGAUAUUUUUGGUUAUGGGAUUAUGCUUCUUGAACUUGUCACUGGUCAACGCGCUAUUGACUUUUCAAGACUUGAGGAGGAAGAUGAUGUGUUGUUGCUUGAUCAUGUGAAGAAACUAGAAAGGGAGAAGAGAUUGGAUGCGAUUGUUGAUAGGAAUCUGAGCAAGAACUACAACAUGGGGGAAGUGGAGAUGAUGAUAAAGGUGGCGUUACUGUGCACCCAAGGGUCGCCGGAGGACCGCCCUGCCAUGUCGGAGGUGGUGCGGAUGUUGGAAGGGGAAGGGCUGGCGGAAAGGUGGGAGGAAUGGCAGAAUGUUGAAGUCACACGUAGGCAAGAUGGACGUCUAGAAUUCAAAAAUCAGAAAGCGCUCUUAACUUCGUAUCCUUUCGAUCUUGUUCCUUCGUACGCCAUCAACUUCGCUGAACUCAUCGCCAUCUUUCUUUUCUUUAAGGAAAGGAGACAUGAAGGUUAAGCUUUUGCGUAUCCUUACAAUAUCACUUUUACAUUUCAAUUUUAUUAGAUUAAUCAUGUGACAACAUGCUUCCAU